GGAGCGGCUCCCGGAUGCCCCCCUUCCAGUGGUGCAACGGGUGCUCCUGCAGUCUGGGGCUGAUUUAUACCAGUAAAGCCUGCACGAUGCCUCCCAUCACGUUCCAGGACCUGCCACUGAACAUCUACAUGGUCAUUUUCGGCACCGGCAUCUUUGUCUUCGUGCUCAGUCUCAUCUUCUGCUGCUACUUCAUCAGCAAGCUGCGGCACCAGGCUCAGAGCGAGCGGUUCGGGUACAAGGAGGUGGUUUUGAAGGGCGAUGCCCGGAGGCUGAACGUGCACGGGCAGACCUGUGCCGUCUGCCUGGAAGAUUUCAAGGUGAAGGAGGAGCUGGGGGUGCUGCCGUGCCAGCACGCCUUCCACAGAAAGUGCCUGGUGAAGUGGCUGGAGGUGCGCUGCGUUUGCCCCAUGUGCAACAAGCCCAUGGCGGGUCCGGCACAGCCCCGCGCCGGCAUCGGCACCCUCCUGGACGAACUGGUGUGAGCAGCCCCCGCUCUUCGCCGGCCAGAUCCUGCCGGGGCCGUCGCGGGACCGCGGCUCCCCGGGGCUGCCCACGCACGGCAUCACCCGGCCCCGCAUGUCCCCGGGGGAUCGAACAGUUCGUCUCGAAGGAUUCGGGAUUUCUGAGUUGGGAUUUUUAACUCGCAGGUCGUUGCUUUGGUUUU